AUGAUUCAAAACAACGAAGAUUUCAUAUAGGCUAAGUAAAAAGCCACUAGCCAGGAUAUUUAAUCACAAAUAGAGGCUUGUUAUUUAGAAUUACAGUAAAAUAUCGAUGUAUAUUUUAAUUAAUUAUUUUAGAUCUCCUUCAAUAAAAUUGAUAAUUUUCUUGACUCCAUAAUCGAUGAUACCUUAAAUACCUUUAAUUAAAAUUUCCUAAUAUCAGAAUAAUCGACAACUAUUUAAUAUAAUAUUUCAUAACCCUCAUUUCAAAUCCCAGAUUUUGCUAAUUAAAUGGUUCAUCAAAUUGUCCCUUUAGUCAAGGCUUUAAUUGAAAAUCAAAUAAAAAAGAAGAAAGAAUUUCUAACUUAAGACUUUAUUCAAUAAGAAUAAUUAAAUCCAAAUUUUGAAUAAGAUCUGUUUCAAAACUAGUAAUUGGAGAUAUAAGAUCAAGAUAUUCUAGAGCUUAAAUAAACAUAAACUCUAGUACAAUAAUCAAUAGAACUAGAUGAUAAUUUAUAAUAAGUUGAUCCUAACAAUUUAGAAUUUAUGUAUUAACAAGGUUAAUAGUUAUUAUUAUUAUUAGCUAAUACUUUAACUAUAUUGAAUAAGUUUGAAGAUGCAAAGUAACUAUACAAAGAUAUUAUCAAAAUUAAUCCAAAUCAUGAACUAUCAUACUUAUAAAUAGGUAUAUCAAAUAAUAAAAUAAUUUAGCUGAUAUAUUAAGAGAUUAAAAAUAUUAUUAGGAAGCUAAGGAUUAUUAUUCUUAAUGCAUUUCAAUCAAUUAUUAUAAUUCGGAUGCUUAUUUUGGAAUAGGUAAAAUUUAUAAAUAUUUAAUAAGGUGAAUGUUUAAAAGAGACUUAAUAAUUUUAUGAAGCAUAAUAAUAUUAUGUUAAAGCAAUUGAAAUUAAUUAAUCUAACUUAUAAUAUAAAUUUUGCUUUGAUAAAUACAAAUAUUCUUAUCAAUUAGGUAAUUGCUUAAGAACUUAAGGAAAAUAUCAUGAGGCCAUUUGUGUUUAUGAUGAAUGUUUAAUGAUAGAUAUUAAUCAUGCUGAAACAAUAGCAGCAAAGGGUAAAAAAAAAAAUAAUAAUUAUAUUAGGAAUAUGUUUAAUCUAUAUUGGUAUGGAAGAUAAGGCGUUUAAUUAUAUAGAUUAUUCAAUAAAUUUAAAUAAAAACUCUCGUAUGGCAAUAUUUGGACUUGGUACUUUAUUUGAUUAAAAAUUAGGUUUAAUUUUAUUAACAAAGAAAGAUUACUUAAAAGCAUUAGAGAAAUUUGAUAGGGCUUUGGAAAUCGAUCCAUAAUCUAUUGAAAUUUUAUAAAUGAAAAGUAAAGUAAAUCUAAAUUUGAUAGUUGAUGUCCUAAUAAAAUGUGGCCAAUAUUAAUAAGUUAUUGAAUGUUUUGAUAAAAUUAUUACCAUAAAUCCUUAAUCUGAUGUAACUUUAAAAAACAAAAGUAAUUUUUAUUUAAUUAUUUAUAGUUUAUGACUUAUCAAAUAAUCUUCAAUAUGAAUAAGCCAUUCAAUUAUGUAAUAAAUCAUUAGAAAUCAAUCCAUAAUCUAUUGAGAUCUUAAAAAUGAAAAGUAUAAUUAAUCUAAAUUUGAUAGUUAAUGUCCUAAUAAAAUGUGGCCAAUAAGAAUAAGCCAUUUAAUUAUGUGAUAAAUCAUUAGAAAUCAAUCCAUAAUCUAUUGAGAUUAUAUAAAUCAAAAGUAAAAUGAGUCUAAAUUUGAUAGUUGAUAUCCUACUAUAAUUUGGUCAAUAAGAAUAAGUCAUUUAAUUUUGUGAUAAAUUAUUAGAAAUCAAUCCAUAAUCUAUUGAGAUCUUAAAAAUGAAAAGUAUAAUUAAUCUAAAUUUGAUAGUUAAUGUCCUAAUAAAAUGUGGCCAAUAAGAAUAAGCCAUUUAAUUAUGUGAUAAAUCAUUAGAAAUCAAUCCAUAAUCUAUUGAGAUUAUAUAAAUCAAAAGUAAAAUGAGUCUAAAUUUGAUAGUUGAUAUCCUACUAUAAUUUGGUCAAUAAGAAUAAGUCAUUUAAUUUUGUGAUAAAUUAUUAGAAAUCAAUCCAUAAUCUAUUGAGAUCUUAAAAAUGAAAAGUAUAAUUAAUCUAAAUUUGAUAGUUAAUGUCCUAAUAAAAUGUGGCCAAUAAGAAUAAGCCAUUUAAUUAUGUGAUAAAUCAUUAGAAAUCAAUCCAUAAUCUAUUGAGAUUAUAUAAAUCAAAAGUAAAAUGAGUCUAAAUUUGAUAGUUGAUAUCCUACUAUAAUUUGGUCAAUAAGAAUAAGUCAUUUAAUUUUGUGAUAAAUUAUUAGAAAUCAAUCCAUAAUCUAUUGAGAUCUUAAAAAUGAAAAGUAUAAUUAAUCUAAAUUUGAUAGUUAAUGUCCUAAUAAAAUGUGGCCAAUAAGAAUAAGCCAUUUAAUUAUGUGAUAAAUCAUUAGAAAUCAAUCCAUAAUCUAUUGAGAUUAUAUAAAUCAAAAGUAAAAUGAGUCUAAAUUUGAUAGUUGAUAUCCUACUAUAAUUUGGUCAAUAAGAAUAAGUCAUUUAAUUUUGUGAUAAAUUAUUAGAAAUCAAUCCAUAAUCUAUUGAGAUCUUAAAAAUGAAAAGUAUAAUUAAUCUAAAUUUGAUAGUUAAUGUCCUAAUAGAAUGUGGCCAAUAUUAAUAAGUUAUUGAAUGUUUUGAUAAAAUUAUUACCAUAAAUCCUUAAUCUGAUGUAACUUUAAAAAACAAAAGUAAUUUUUAUUUAAUUAUUUAUAGUUUAUGACUUAUCAAAUAAUCUUCAAUCUGAAUAAGCCAUUCAAUUAUGUAAUAAAUCAUUAGAAAUCAAUCCAUAAUCUAUUGAGAUCUUAAAAAUGAAAAGUAUAAUUAAUCUAAAUUUGAUAGUUAAUGUCCUAAUAAAAUGUGGCCAAUAAGAAUAAGCCAUUUAAUUAUGUGAUAAAUCAUUAGAAAUCAAUCCAUAAUCUAUUGAGAUCUUAAAAAUGAAAAGUAUAAUUAAUCUAAAUUUGAUAGUUAAUGUCCUAAUAAAAUGUGGCCAAUAAGAAUAAGCCAUUUAAUUAUGUGAUAAAUUAUUAGAAAUCAAUCCAUAAUCUAUUGAGAUCUUAAAAAUGAAAAGUAUAAUUAAUCUAAAUUUGAUAGUUAAUGUCCUAAUAAAAUGUGGCCAAUAAGAAUAAGCCAUUUAAUUAUGUGAUUAAUCAUUAGAAAUCAAUCCUUUAUAUAUUGAGAUCUAAUAAAUGAAAAAUACAAUAAAUAUAAAUUUUAUACUUAAUACCUUAACUUAAUGUGGCUACCUUUUUUAGCAUUUUAAUUGUUUUGAAGAAGUAAAUUUCAUCUUUGCUUAAUUUGACGAAUAAUACUUUUAAUAAAUAAGUAAAUUUAAUUUAAAUAUUUAUAGUUUAUAACUUAUCAAAUAAGGGUCAUUAUGAAUAGGCCAUUGAAUUAUGUAACAAAUUAUUGGAAAUUAAUCCAUAAUCUAUUGAGACUUAAUAAAUGAAAAGUAAAAAUAAUUUAAAUUUGAUAGUUGGUGUCCUACUAUAAUUUGGUCAAUAAGAAUAAGCCAUUUAAUUUUGUGAUAAAUUAUUAGAAAUCAAUCCAUAGUCUAUUGAUAUCUUAUAAAUCAAAAGUAAAAAUAGUCUAAAUUUGAUAGUUGAUGUCCUACUAUAAUGUGGCCAAUAUUAAUAAGUUAUUGAAUGUUUUGAUAAAAUAAUUACCAUAAAUCCUUAAUCUGAUGUAACUUUAAAAAACAAAAGUAAUUUUUAUUUAAUUAUUUAUAGUUUAUGACUUAUCAAAUAAGGGUCAAUAUGAAUAAGCCAUUUAAUUAUGUGAUUAAUCAAUAAUAAUCAAUCCAUAAUCUAUUGAGAUUAUAUAAAUGAAAAGUAAAAUUAAUCUAAAUUUGAUAGUUGAUGUUCUAAUGAAGGGUGACCAAUAUGAAAAGGUUGUCGAAUGUUUUGAAAAAAUAAUUACAAUAAAUCCUUAAUCUUCUAAUACUUUACAAACCAUAAGUAUAUUUUAUGUAAAUUUGAAUAGUUGAUUGCUUAAUAUAUCAUGGUAUUUAUUAAAAAGUCAUUUAAAAAUGCGAUAAAAUUAUGGAAAUCAAUCCAUAAUCUAAUGAAAUCUUAAAAAUGAAAAGUAAAUUAAAUUUUAAUUUUAAUAGUUGAUUACUUAAGACAUUAAAAUUAAUUUGAAUAAGCGAUUUAAUUAUGUGAUAAGUCAUUAGAAAUCAAUCCAUAAUCUAUUGAUUUCUUAUAAAUCAAAAGUAAAAAUAGUCUAAAUUUGAUAGUUGAUAUCCUACUAUAAUUUGGUCAAUAAGAAUAAGUCAUUUAAUUUUGUGAUAAAUUAUUAGAAAUCAAUCCAUAAUCUAUUGAGAUCUUAUAAAUGAAAAGUAUAAUUAAUCUAAAUUUGAUAGUUAAUGUCCUAAUAUAAUUUGGCCAAUAAGAAUAAGCCAUUUAAUUAUGUGAUAAAUCAUUAGAAAUCAAUCCAUAAUCUAUUGAGAUCUUAUAUAUGAAAAAUACAAUAAAUAGAAAUUUUAUACUUAAUACCUUAACUCAAUGUGGCUACCUUUUUUAGCAUUUUAAUUGUUUUGAAGAAGUAAAUUUCAUCUUUGCUUAAUUUGACGAAUAAUACUUUUAAUAAAUAAGUAAAUUUAAUUUAAAUAUUUAUAGUUUAUGACUUAUCAAAUAAGGGUCAUUAUGAAUAAGCCAUCGAAUUAUGUAACAAAUUAUUGGAAAUUAAUCCAUAAUCUAUUGAGAUAUUAUAAAUGAAAAGUAUCAUUAAUCUAAAUUUGAUAGUUGAUAUCCUACUAUAAUUUUGUCAAUAAGAAUAAGUCAUUUAAUUUUGUGAUAAAUUAUUAGAAAUCAAUCCAUAAUCUAUUGAGAUCUUAUAAAUGAAAAGUAUAAUUAAUCUAAAUUUGAUAGUUAAUGUCCUAAUAAAAUGUGGCCAAUAAGAAUAAGCCAUUUAAUUAUGUGAUAAAUCAUUAGAAAUCAAUCCAUAAUCUAUUGAGAUAUUAUAAAUGAAAAGUAUAAUUAAUCUAAAUUUGAUAGUUAAUGUCCUAAUAAAAUGUGGCCAAUAAGAAUAAGCCAUUUAAUUAUGUGAUAAAUCAUUAGAAAUCAAUCCAUAAUCUAUUGAGAUAUUAUAAAUGAAAAGUAUAAUUAAUCUAAAUUUGAUAGUUGAUGUCCUAAUAUAAUAAGGCCAAUAUUAAUAAGUUAUUGAAUGUUUUGAUAAAAUAAUUACCAUAAAUCCUUAAUCUGAUGUAACUUUAAAAAACAAAAGUAAUUUUUAUUUAAUUAUUUAUAGUUUAUAACUUAUUAGAUUAAAAUUAAUUUGAAUAAGCCAUUUAAUUAUGUGAUAAAUUAUUAGAAAUCAAUCCAUAGUCUAUUGAUUUCUUAUAAAUCAAAAGUAAAAAUAGUCUAAAUUUGAUAGUUGAUGUCCUACUAUAAUGUGGCCAAUAUUAAUAAGUUAUUGAAUGUUUUGAUAAAAUAAUUAACAUAAAUCCUGAAUCUGAUGUAACUUUAAAAAACAAAAGUAAUUUUUAUUUAAUUAUUUAUAGUUUAUAACUUAUUAGAUUAAAAUUAAUUUGAAUAAGCCAUUUAAUUAUGUGAUAAAUUAUUAGAAAUCAAUCCAUAGUCUAUUGAUUUCUUAUAAAUCAAAAGUAAAAAUAGUCUAAAUUUGAUAGUUGGUGUUUUACUAUAAUUUGGUCAAUAAGAAUAAGCCAUUUAAUUUUGUGAUAAAUUAUUAGAAAUCAAUCCAUAGUCUAUUGAUAUCUUAUAAAUCAAAAGUAAAAAUAGUCUAAAUUUGAUAGUUGGUGUUUUACUAUAAUUUGGUCAAUAAGAAUAAGCCAUUUAAUUUUGUGAUAAAUUAUUAGAAAUCAAUCCAUAGUCUAUUGAUAUCUUAUAAAUCAAAAGUAAAAAUAGUCUAAAUUUGAUAGUUGAUGUCCUACUAUAAUGUGGCCAAUAUUAAUAAGUUAUUGAAUGUUUUGAUAAAAUAAUUACCAUAAAUCCUUAAUCUGAUGUAACUUUAAAAAACAAAAGUAAUUUUUAUUUUAUUAUUUAUAGUUUAUGGCUUAAUUAUAAAUGGUCAUUAUGAAUAAGUUCCUUAAUUAUUGGAUCAAUUAAUUGCCAUUAAUCCUUAAUUUAUUUAUAAUUUAAAAAGAAUAAGUAAGUUACUUUAAAUAAUUAUAGUUGAUUAAUUAAUACAAUAUGGUCAAUAUAAAUUAGCUAUUGAAUCAUUUGAUAAAAUAAUUUCUAUAAAUCCUUAAUUUAUUAAUACCUUAAAAAGCAUGUGUAAAUAUAAUUUUAUUAAAUAUAGUUGAUUAUUUAAUACAAUAUGGCUAAUAUGAUUUAGCUAUUGAAUUUUAUGAUAAAAUAAUAACUAUUAACCCUUAAAAUGCUGAUACUUUUAAAAGCAUAAGUAAGUUUAAUUUAAUUAUUUAUAGUUUAUGACUUAUCAAAUAAUGGUCAAUAUGAAUAAGCCAUUUAAUUAUCUAACAAAUUAUUGGAAAUCAAUCCAUAAUCUAUUGAGAUCUUAUAAAUGAAAAGUAAAAUUAAUCUAAAUUUCAUAGUUGAUGUCCUAAUAUAAUAAGGCCAAUAUUAAUAAGUUAUUGAAUGUUUUGAUAAAAUAAUUACCAUAAAUCCUUAAUCUGAUGUAACUUUAUAAAACAAAAGUAUAUUUAAUUUAAUUAUUUAUAGUUUAUGACUUAAUACAUUAAAAUUAAUUUGAAUAAGCAAUUUAAUUAUAUGAUAAAUUAUUGGAAAUCAAUCCAUAAUCAAUUGAGAUUAUAUAAAUGAAAAGUAAAAUUAGUCUAAAUUUGAUAGUUGAUGUCCUAAUAUAAUAAGGCCAAUAUUAAUAAGUUAUUGAAUGUUUUGAUAAAAUAAUUACCAUAAAUCCUUAAUCUGAUGUAACUUUAAAAAACAAAAGUAAUUUUCAUUUAAUUAUUUAUAGUUUAUGACUUAAUACAUUAAAAUUAAUUUGAAUAAGCAAUUUAAUUAUAUGAUAAAUUAUUGGAAAUCAAUCCAUAAUCAAUUGAGAUUAUAUAAAUGAAAAGUAAAAUUAGUCUAAAUUUGAUAGUUGAUGUCCUAAUAUAAUAAGGCCAAUAUUAAUAAGUUAUUGAAUGUUUUGAUAAAAUAAUUACAAUAAAUCCUUAACCUUCUGAUACUUUAAAAACCAUAUGUAUAUUUUAUGUUAAUUUACAUAGAUGGUUGCUUACUAUAUCAUGGUCUUUAUUAAAAAGUCAUUUAAAAAUGCGAUAAAAUUAUGGAAAUCAAUCCAUAAUCUAAUGAAAUCUUAAAAAUGAAAAGUAAAUUAAAUUUUAAUUUUAAUAGUUGAUUAUUUAAUACAUUAAAAUUAAUUUGAAUAAGCGAUUUAAUUAUGUGAUAAAUCAUUAGAAAUCAAUCUAUAAUCUAUUGAGAUUAUAUAAAUGAAAAGUAAAAUAAGUCUAAAUUUGAUAGUUGAUGUCCUAAUGAAGGGUGGCCAAUAUGAAAAGGUUGUCGAGUGUUUUGAAUAAAUAAUAACAAUAAAUCCUUAAUCUUCUAAUACUUUAGAAACCAUAAGUAUAUUUUAUGUAAAUUUAAAUAGUUGAUUGCUUACUAUAUCAUGGUCUUUAUUAAAAAGUCAUUUAAAAAUGCGAUAAAAUUAUGGAUAUCAAUCCAUAAUCUAUUGAAAUCUUAAAAAUGAAAAGUAAAUUAAAUUUUAAUUUUAAUAGUUGAUUACUUAAAACAUUAAAAUUAAUUUGAAUAAGCGAUUUAAUUAUGUGAUAAAUCAUUAGAAAUCAAUCCAUAAUCUAUUGAGAUUAAAUAAAUGAAAAAUACAAUAAAGAGAGAAAUAUUAGUUAAUACCUUUUUAUAAUUAAACUAAUUUUGCUACCAUAACCUGUAUUUAGAUUAUGUUUAUAAAUGGAAUAACGAAAUUCCUUAACUUGAAGAAUUACUUCAAUAAUUAAGUAAAUUUAAUUGAAUUAUUUAUAGUUUAUGACUUAUCAAAUAAACGUUAAUAUGAAUAUGCCAUUUAAUUGUGUGAUAAAUCAUUAGAAAUCAAUCCAUAAUCUAUUGAGAUCUUAAAAAUCAAAAGUAAAAAUAAUUUAAAUUUGAUAGUUGAUGUUCUACUAUAAUUUGGUCAAUAAGAAUAAGCCAUUUAAUUGUGUGAUAAAUUAUUAGAAAUCAAUCCAUAAUCUAUUGAGAUCUUAUAAAUGAAAAGUAAAUUAAAUUUUAAUUUUAUUAGUUGAUUACUUAAAACAUUAAAAUUAAUUUGAAUAAGCGAUUUAAUUAUGUGAUAAAUCAUUAGAAAUCAAUCCUUAAUCUAUUGAGAUCUUAAAAAUCAAAAGUAAAAAUAAUUUAAAUUUGAUAGUUGAUGUUCUACUAUAAUUUGGUCAAUAAGAAUAAGCCAUUUAAUUGUGUGAUAAAUUAUUAGAAAUCAAUCCAUAAUCUAUUGAGAUCUUAUAAAUGAAAAGUAAAUUAAAUUUUAAUUUUAUUAGUUGAUUACUUAAAACAUUAAAAUUAAUUUGAAUAAGCCAUUUAAUUAUGUGAUUAAUCAUUAGAAAUCAAUCCUUAAUCUAUUGAGAUCUUAAAAAUCAAAAGUAAAAUUAAUGUAAAUUUGAUAGUUGAUGUCCUAAUAAAAUGUGGACAAUAUGAAUAAGCCAUUUAAUUAUGUGAUAAAUCAUUAGAAAUCAAUCCUUAAUCUAUUGAGAUCUUAAAAAUCAAAAGUAAAAUUAAUGUAAAUUUGAUAGUUGAUGUCCUAAUAAAAUGUGGACAAUAUGAAUAAGCCAUUUAAUUAUGUGAUAAAUCAUUAGAAAUCAAUCCUUAAUCUAUUGAGAUCUUAAAAAUCAAAAGUAAAAUUAAUGUAAAUUUGAUAGUUGAUGUCCUAAUAAAAUGUGGACAAUAUGAAUAAGCCAUUUAAUUAUGUGAUUAAUCAUUAGAAAUCAAUCCUUAAUCUAUUGAGAUCUUAAAAAUCAAAAGUAAAAUUAAUGUAAAUUUGAUAGUUGAUGUCCUAAUAUAAUAAGGCCAAUAUUAAUAAGUUAUUGAAUGUUUUGAUAAAAUAAUUACCAUAAAUCCUUAAUCUGAUGUAACUUUAAAAAACAAAAGUAAUUUUCAUUUAAUUAUUUAUAGUUUAUGACUUAUCAAAUAAUCGUUAAUAUGAAUAAGCCAUUUAAUUAUGUAACAAAUUAUUGGAAAUUAAUCCAUAAUCUAUUGAGAUCUUAUAAAUGAAAAGUAAAAAUAAUUUAAAUUUGAUAGUUAAUGUCCUAAUAAAAUGUGGACAAUAUGAAUAAGCCAUUUAAUUAUGUGAUUAAUCAUUAGAAAUCAAUCCUUAAUCUAUUGAGAUCUUAAAAAUCAAAAGUAAAAUUAAUGUAAAUUUGAUAGUUGAUGUCCUAAUAUAAUAAGGCCAAUAUUAAUAAGUUAUUGAAUGUUUUGAUAAAAUAAUUACCAUAAAUCCUUAAUCUGAUGUAACUUUAAAAAACAAAAGUAAUUUUUAUUUAAUUAUUUAUAGUUUAUAACUUAUUAGAUUAAAAUUAAUUUGAAUAAGCCAUUUAAUUAUGUGAUAAAUUAUUAGAAAUCAAUCCAUAGUCUAUUGAUAUCUUAUAAAUCAAAAGUAAAAAUAGUCUAAAUUUGAUAGUUGGUGUUUUACUAUAAUUUGGUCAAUAAGAAUAAGCCAUUUAAUUUUGUGAUAAAUUAUUAGAAAUCAAUCCAUAGUCUAUUGAUAUCUUAUAAAUCCUAAGUAAAAAUAGUCUAAAUUUGAUAGUUGGUGUUUUACUAUAAUUUGGUCAAUAAGAAUAAGCCAUUUAAUUUUGUGAUAAAUUAUUAGAAAUCAAUCCAUAAUCUAUUGAGAUUAUAUAAAUCAAAAGUAAAAUGAGUCUAAAUUUGAUAGUUGAUGUCCUAAUAAAAUGUGGACAAUAUGAAUAAGCCAUUUAAUUAUGUGAUAAAUCAUUAGAAAUCAAUCCUUAAUCUAUUGAGAUCUUAAAAAUCAAAAGUAAAAUUAAUGUAAAUUUGAUAGUUGAUGUCCUAAUAAAAUGUGGACAAUAUGAAUAAGCCAUUUAAUUAUGUGAUUAAUCAUUAGAAAUCAAUCCUUAAUCUAUUGAGAUCUUAAAAAUCAAAAGUAAAAUUAAUGUAAAUUUGAUAGUUGAUGUCCUAAUAAAAUGUGGACAAUAUGAAUAAGCCAUUUAAUUAUGUGAUUAAUCAAUAAUAAUCUAUCCAUAAUCUAUUGAGAUCAUAAAAAUGAAAAGUAAAAUUAAUCUAAAUUUGAUAGUUAAUGUCCUAAUAAAAUGUGGACAAUAUGAAUAAGCCAUUUAAUUAUGUGAUUAAUCAUUAGAAAUCAAUCCUUAAUCUAUUGAGAUCUUAAAAAUCAAAAGUAAAAUUAAUGUAAAUUUGAUAGUUGAUGUCCUAAUAAAAUGUGGACAAUAUGAAUAAGCCAUUUAGUUUUGUGAUAAAUCAUUAGAAAUCAAUCCAUAAUCUAUUAAUAUUAAAUAAAUGAAAAAUACAAUAAAUAGAAAAAUAUUAGUUAAUAUCUUAAAAUAAUAUAAACACCUUUACUAGGAUUUUAUUGUUUUGAAAAAAUAAAUGAUAUCAAUGCUUAAUUUGAAGAAUACUUUCAAUAUAUAAGUAAAUUUAAUUGAAAUAUUUAUAGUUUAAGUUUUAUCAUAUAAUGGUCAAUAUGAAUAAGCCAUUUAAUUAUGUGAUAAAUCAUUAGAAAUCAAUCCUUAAUCUAUUGAGAUAUUAUAAUAUAAACACCUUUACUAGGAUUUUUAUUGUUUUGAAAAAAUAAAUGCCAUCAAUGCUUAAUUUGAAGAAUAAUUUCAAUAUAUAAGUAAAUUUAAUUGAAAUAUUUAUAGUUUAAGUUUUAUCUUCUAUUGGUAAAUAUGAAUAAGCCAUUGAAUUAUGUAACAAAUUAUUGGAAAUCAAUCCAUAAUCUAUAUAGACUAUAUAAAUGAAAAGUAAAAUUAAUCUAAAUUUGAUAGUUGAUGUCCUAAUAAAAUGUGGCCAAUAAAAAUAAGCCAUUUAAUUUUGCGAUUAAUCAUUAGAAAUUAAACCAUAAUCUAUUGAGAUUAUAUAAAUGAAAAGUAAAAUUAAUCUAAAUUUGAUAGUUGAUGUCCUAAUAUAAUAAGGCCAAUAUUAAUAAGUUAUUGAAUGUUUGGAUAAAAUAAUUACCAUAAAUCCUUAAUCUGAUGUAACUUUAAAAAACGAAAGUAAUUUUAAUUUAAAUAUUUAUAGUUUGGUUUUUAUCUUCUAUUGGUAAAUAUGAAUAAGCCAUUGAAUUAUGUAACAAAUUUUUGGAAAUCAAUCCAUAAUCUAUAUAGACUAUAUAAAUGAAAAGUAAAAUUAAUCUAAAUUUGAUAGUUGAUGUCUUAGAAAAAUGUAGGCAAUUUGAAUUAGCCAUUUAAUUAUGUGAUAAAUUAUUAGAAAUUAAACCAUAAUCUAUUGAGAUUAUAUAAAUGAAAAGUAAAAUUAAUCUAAAUUUGAUAGUUGAUGUCCUAAUAUAAUAAGGCCAAUAUUAAUAAGUUAUUGAAUGUUUUGAUAAAAUUAUUACCAUAAAUCCUUAAUCUGAUGUAACUUUAAAAAACAAAAGUAAUUUUAAUUUAAUUAUUUAUAGUUUAUGACUUAUCAAACAAUUUUCAAUAUAAUUAAGCCAUUUAAUUAUGUGAUAAAUCAUUAGAAAUCAAUCCUUAAUCUAUUGAGAUCUAAUAAAUGAAAAAUACAAUAAAUAGAAAAAUAUUAGUUAAUAUCUUAAAAGAAUAUAAACACCUUUACUAGGAUUUUUAUUGUUUUGAAGAAAUAAAUGCCAUCAAUGCUUAAUUUGAAGAAUAAUUUCAAUAAAUAAGUAAAUUUAAUUUAAAUAUUUAUAGUUUAAGUUUUAUCAUAUAAUGGUCAAUAUGAAUAAGCCAUUUAAUUAUGUGAUAAAUUAUUAGAAAUUAAACCAUAAUCUAUUGAGAUUAUAUAAAUGAAAAGUAAAAUUAAUCUAAAUUUGAUAGUUGAUGUCCUAAUAAAAUGUGGCCAAUAUUAAUAAGUUAUUGAAUGUUUUGAUAAAAUUAUUACCAUAAAUCCUUAAUCUGAUGUAACUUUAAAAAACAAAAGUAAUUUUAAUUUAAAUAUUUAUAGUUUAAGUUUUAUCAUAUAAUGGUCAAUAUAAAUAAGCCAUUUAAUUAUGUGAUAAAUCAUUAGAAAUCAAUCCAUAAUCUAUUGAGAAAUCAAAAAUUAAAAGUAAAAUCAUCUAAAUUUGA